AUGAAGCCCUUCGCCUAUCGGGAAAGAGAGGAAGAUGAUUUCGAAAUCAUUGAAACGUAUCAAAAGAAAACAAAUCAUCGUAAAUCUCAUGGAUCAUCAUCUUCCGAAAGCGAUUUUGAAAUAAUUGAAUCGUAUCAAGAUGUGUUAAAAAGAAGAGAGGCUGAAAGGAAGAACAUGUAUCCGCAGCCAAGUAACGGAAUUGAGGCAGUUGGCAAUCGUCGGAAUAGUAUGAACGAUUUUCAACCAACGAGUCCGAGGGGCCAAAUCAGCAGACCACCAUCUGUUUCAAUGAGUACUAAUUCUUUCGUGUUAUCAACUGGUGUUCCAAAUCUUGUGGUCGAUUCUCGAUUGCAUCAAAAUUAUGAAGUUUAUAACUUCAAGCCUGAUUUUGAGUUGGAAUAUAUUAAACGAGUGGAGCAUGAAAUGAAGAUGGAAGAAGAGGAAGAAAAGAGACGCAAGAUCAAAUUUAAUUUACUAUUACAGACGCUGAAUACUAAGCCAACUACAGAGCGAAACCUAAUGUCUCCGACAUUAAUGAAUAUCAAUGAAAAUAUUACUCCUCUUCCACCAAACUCCUCAAGACCAUCAAAUCCUUCAAUGACAACAAUUCCACGAAACACAAUCCAACCUGUACAAAGCUCAACAGAGUUUUCAUCUUCUAACUUUUACUCGUCACCAUUCAAUAUGCCUACUUUUCUGACUGAAGAAGAACGAGAUAGUUAUAAGCAUGCUAUAGAAAUUGGAUUUUCUCCAGAUAUUUCUACUUUUGCAACUGAAGCCUAUAGGGGCGAUAAAAUUAAGGUCCUCGAUUUUCUUGACAAGCACAAACAACUUUCAGAGAUGAACUUUCAGGAUUUGGACAUACGAGAAGCAUUGUUGUUAACAGACAGAAGUUUAGAUCAGUCUUUAGACAUGCUCGUUCAAAAGUCACCUAAUCACUACCAGUCUCCCAAUUUCCACACUUCAUCCAUGUCUCAACCCUCCUCCUUUGUAAAUAUGAACUCCUCUCAACUGAAUCAAAUAAAUUAUUAA